AUGGCCGCGCCGCCGCGGUGGGCCGCGCUCUGCACGCUGCCGCCGGGCCCGGGGCCCCCGCGCUUCGUGUGCGUCUGCGAGGAGGAGCGGGGCCUGGAGGAGCCGGGCGCCGGCGGCCCGGGCGGCUUCCGCCUGCACGUGACGGACGGCGCGCGGCUCUGGAGCACCUGCUUCCCGCCCGCCCGCCUGGCGGCCCUGAAAGCCCGAUGCGGCCUGAGCGCGGCGGAGGACCUCGCCCCCCAGUUCCGGUGA